CUACAAAGUGCGAUGCAAAGCCAAAUCUUUAUCGCCGGCGCGACUUUGUUUCUUUCAUUCAUCGGCAUUCUUUUGCUCGUAAUCAACACUGAAGACGUCAAAGGACCAGCAAAGUUCAUGUAUGGAAUAGUCCUGGAUGCUGGAUCUUCUCAUACUUCCAUGUACAUCUACAAAUGGCCAGCAAACAAGUACAAUGGAACUGGCAUUGUCAGUCAACACACAGAGUGCCACGUAAAGGGAGGUGGGAUCUCCAGUUAUGCGGGUAUCAAAGGAGGAGCAGCCCAGAGCCUUCAGGAAUGUAUGGAUCAAGCUGUACAGGACAUCCCUGAGUCUAGACACAAACGCACUCCUCUGUAUCUUGGGGCGACAGCGGGCAUGAGACUACUGAAUAUUUCUAAACCCAAAGAGUCAGAUGAGAUUAUGGAGGAAGUGGUAGAUAAACUGAAGUCCUACCCGUUCAGCUUUAAAGGAGCCACGAUUUUAAGUGGAGAAGAGGAGGGAGCCUAUGGAUGGGUCACAGUCAACUACCUGCUUGAGAAAUUUGUCAAGUAUGGUUUAGUGGGUCAAUGGGUGUUCCCAGGAAAAGAGAUGGUUGGUGCUUUAGACUUGGGAGGAGCUUCAACUCAGAUCACCUUUGAGACGGAGCAGAUAGUAGAGGACACGGACAACCUGAUGAAUCUGCGACUGUAUGGACGAGAUUAUAACAUUUACACUCAGAGCUUUCUGUGUUACGGGAAAGAUCAAGUUUUACUCAGACUGCUGGCACAUCUGAUAACAACUCAGGGCUCAGACAGUUCUGUAGUUCACCCCUGCUAUCCUGCAGGUUACAGUGAAUCCAUACAGCUGGUCAGCGUGUUUGAUUCUCCAUGCAUUAACAGACAAACUCCUUAUAAACCUGAUGACAACCUGAAAAUAACUGGCAGCGGAAAUUUCAAUCAAUGCCUGGGAAAUAUUUCUCAACUCUUCUCUUUUAACAACUGUUCUUAUUCCAAAUGCUCUUUUGAUGGAGUCUUCCAGCCCAACAUUACAGGAAACUUUAUGGCAUUUUCUUCAUUCUUCUACACUAUUGACUUCCUACAGAAAGCUACAGGCAUCACCAUCACCUUUCCAGUGCACUUAGAAAACGCUGCCCGUGCUGUCUGCAACAUGAGCUUUCAGGAGAUGCAAAAUAAGUUUCCUAAUGAGGGGAACUAUUUGAGGGACUACUGUGCAGAUUCUGUCCUUGUGAAUGCGCUCCUGAUCAGAGGCUAUGGCUUCAAUGAUCUCUCCUUCCCGCACAUCUCCUUUCAAGAGAAAGCUGAAGACACUUCUGUUGGGUGGGCCCUUGGCUACAUGUUAAGUUUAAGCAACCUUUUGCCUUCUGAAGAUGUGUCAGUUAGAAAAGCACUGCAUCCAGAUGCCUGCCGUGCUGCAAUUUUUCUCUUCUCAGUCCUUUUUAUUGCAUCAAUUAUUUGUCUUGUACUAACCUACCACAGGAAUGGCACUAAAGGCUGUUGUUCCCCUUUAUCAGUAUGCACUUCAUAGUUUUUCUAUCCUUGGCAAGAAUUGUUUGCCUACCUUUUUAGAAACAAUGGGCCAAUAGGCCUUUUUACGGGCCUAAUCUAGGCUUAAAUUUGUUUCUUUUCUAUUUUCUUCCAUUAUUAAAAAAAAAAACAUUUGUUUUUAUGAAGGUUUUUCAUAGUGGUGUAAUCAUUUUCUCGGCAAGCGAAAGCAAUGAGAACUGUUUUCUGUUUUUUUUUAUGUGUUGUUCGCCAAAAGCCUAUUCAGUGUCUCAUCUGUUCGAGCAACAUUGAGCAAUUGAAAAAAAUUUCUUUGCCUUCAUGUGUUCAAUUUAGUGAACUACCUGAUUAAUAUAAGAUUGAAAUCCAUUCUCUGUAAUACAUUAUUAAUGGAAAACCCAUUUAGGUUUUACAGCAGACUGAAUCAUGAGCUAAAACAUAUUUAUAGACAAAACCAGGAGCUUUAAGCAUGGAUCAGUCAUUUAGGCUGUGAAUAAAUAGAAAAUCUGUAAUUGAUCGUCUUCUAGUCUUUCAAAAAGUUAAUUUACAGCACAAAUAAAAAUCUAACUCUGCAGAGCUACAAAC